CGGUCUGCCCCCCCCCCGCCCCCCGACACAACCUUGACACACCACAGCAGAGGCGUGACGCCCAGAAGGACAGCAGGCCAAGGUUAUGACUUUAUCGGGAGACGUGUGCUGACCAUGAGCAUUUGUAACCGAGAGGGGGGUCAAUGUGCCGAGAUGGCGAUGGUUUGCCUGACAGACUUCGAAGAGUACGCCAAGGAGCAUCUCUCCAAGGCCACCUGGGAUUAUUACGCCGCCGGAGCCGACGAAUGUUGCACCAGAGAUGACAACCUUCUGGCCUACAAGCGGAUCCGCCUGAGACCUCGCAUCCUGCGGGACGUGUCGGUGAGCGACACCAGGACCACGGUGCAAGGCACAGAGGUCAGCUUCCCCGUGGGAAUCGCACCCACAGCCUUCCACUGUCUGGCCUGGCAUGAAGGCGAGGUGGCCACAGCCAAAGCCACGGAGGCCCUGAACACCUGCUACAUCACCAGCACCUACUCCACCUGCUCCGUGGAGGAGAUCGUGGCGGCGGCGCCCACCGGCUACCGCUGGUUCCAGCUCUACGUCUACCGGGACCGCAAGCUGUCGGAGCAGAUCGUGCACCGCGUGGAGGCGCUGGGCUUCAAGGCGCUCGUCCUCACCGUGGACGUGCCGUACACGGGCAAGCGCCGCAACGACAUUCGCAACCAGUUCAAGCUGCCCCCGCAUCUCAAGGUCAAGAACUUCGACGGCGUCUUCCAGGAAGCGGCGGGCCCGGAGGAGUACGGCAUCCCGGCCAACACUUUGGACCCGUCUAUCAGCUGGAAAGACGUGUACUGGCUGCAGUCCAUCACCAGGCUGCCCAUCAUCAUCAAGGGCAUCCUGACCAAGGAGGACGCCGAGCUGGCCGUGGAGCACGGCGUGCAGGGCGUGGUCGUGUCCAACCACGGCGGCAGGCAGCUGGACGGCGGCCCGGCCUCGAUCGACGCGCUGUCUGAGAUCGUGGACACAGUGCAGGGCCGUAUCGAGGUCUACCUGGACGGGGGCAUCAGGACUGGGAGCGACGUGCUCAAAGCCCUGGCCCUGGGGGCCAAGUGUGUGUUUAUUGGCCGUCCGGCGGUGUGGGGUCUCGCAUACAAGGGCGAGGAGGGCGUGCGCGAGGUGCUGCAAAUCCUCAACGACGAGUUCCGCCUCUCCAUGGCUUUAUCAGGUUGCAGGAACGUGGCCGAAAUCAACAGGAACCUCAUCCAGCUGUCCAAACUCUGACCAUGCAGAAGAAGAAGAAGAACAUCUCAUUCAUCACGUCCACAAAAACAUAUUUGACUGUAUUAUAUAGAAAUAAUACGCUGCUGUAC